CUACAAGCGCACCACACCAUCACUAAACCAAGAGAGACACACACUAAACCAUCUCUCUCUCUCUGGUGUGACGCGUCUGACUCUUUUGGAAUACGAGAUUAUGCUUCAUUGAUAAGCAGUGGCAUUAGCGAUAGUAUUCAUGAUUGGUCGUGUUUGAUAUUCACUUUCUGUUUCUCUCUGUGUAAAGCAUCUUCGGCUCGAGGUUUCAUUGUAUUUUAGUGAUGAACUGUAUCGCAAAGGUGCGACCUUGAGGAGUUUAAGUUCAUGGGUUAUAUCAUUGGUUGAUGAUCAUUGGUUAAAGAUGCAAGCUUUAAGCGUCUGGCCGUUAAAGUCUGGUCCUUUGGUUGGAUCAAGGUUGGAAUCUGAUCUGGAUUGCUCUUGUUCUGCUGUAGUUAGCCGUAAGAUAAGAAAGAGACAUUGUAACGGUGAACAACUAGCUUGCUUUGGUAGUAGUAUCUCUAGUUUCGUUUUGGAUUCGAGUAACAACAGGACAUCAAAAGCUCUGUUUCUGUGUGAGCCAAGGAGAAGGUUGUUGGGAUCAUCCGUUGGGGUAGGAUGGGCCACAGAGCAACGAGAAGAGGAAGAAGUCUCAAGGGAAGAUUCAAGCUCAAGAGUUAAUGUCAGAGAAUUGGCUAAAAGUUUACGAGCUGCCAAGACUGCUGAUGAUGUGGAUGCUGUUCUCAAGGAGAAGGGAGAGUUGCUUCCUCUUCAAGUCUACUGCGCUAUGAUCCGAGGUUUCGGCAAGGACAAGAGACUUAAGCCUGCGAUGGCUGUGGUAGAAUGGCUCAAGAGGAAGAAGAGUCCAAACCUUUUCAUAUACAAUAGCCUUCUGGGUGCGGUGAAAGAGUCUAACGAGUUUGGAGAAACAGAGAAGAUACUGAGCGAUAUGGAAGAACAAGGCAUCGCUCCAAACGUCGUCACUUACAACACUCUGAUGGCUAUAUACACGGAGGAAGGAGAGUUUGGGAAGGCUCUUGAGGUUCUUGAUUUAGUCAAGGAGAAAGGCUUCGAGCCUUCCCCGGUGACGUACUCAACAGCUUUGUUGGUUUACAGAAGGAUGGAAGAUGGAAUGGGAGCUCUGGAGUUCUUUGUCGAGCUGAGAGAGAGAUACUCAAAGAAGGAGAUAGGGAACGACGACGACGCUGAGCACGACUGGGAGCUAGAGUUCGUCAAGCUAGAGAACUUCAUCGGAAGAAUCUGCUACCAGGUGAUGAGACGCUGGUUGGUGAAAGAAGACGAGAACAUGACUACUAAAGUUUUAAAGCUUCUGAACGCAGUGGACAGUGCGGGGCUGAGACCGAGCAGGGAAGAGCACGAGAGGCUUAUAUGGGCGUGCACGAGGGAAGAACACUACGUCGUUGGUAAAGAGCUGUACAAAAGAAUCAGAGAGAGGUUCCCUGAGAUAAGUCUUUCCGUGUGCAACCACUUGAUCUGGCUGAUGGGUAAGGCCAAGAAAUGGUGGGCGGCGCUGGAGAUCUACGAGGAUCUUCUCGACCAAGGACCUGAGCCGAACAACUUGUCUUACGAGCUAGUGGUCUCUCACUUCAGCAUCUUGCUGAGCGCGGCUAGCAAGAGAGGGAUAUGGAGGUGGGGAGUGAAGCUUCUCAACAAAAUGGAAGAUAAAGGAUUAAAACCGCAGAGCAGGCACUGGAACGCUGUUCUAGUAGCCUGCUCUAAGGCUGCCGAGACCGCGGCCGCGGUGCAGAUUUUUAGAGCGAUGGUUGAGAACGGUGAGAAGCCAACGGUGAUCUCGUACGGUGCUCUCUUGAGCGCGCUCGAGAAAGGGAAGCUGUAUGAUGAAGCGUUUAAAGUUUGGAACCAUAUGAUCAAGGUGGGGAUCGAGCCGAACCUCCACGCGUACACCAUCAUGGCUUCGGUUCUGACGGGACAGAGCAAGUUCAAUCUCUUGGAAACGCUUUUCAAAGAGAUGGCUUCCAAGGGCGUGGAGCCGAGCGUUGUGACUUACAACGCUGUGAUAAGCGUUUGCGCGAGGAAGGGGUCAAGCGGUGCUGCUUACGAGUGGUUUGGACGUAUGAGAAGCGAGGGAGUUGAGGCUAAUGAGAUUACGUACGAGGUGUUGAUCGAGGCGCUUGCUGAUGGUGGGAAGCCGAGGCUUGCUUAUGAGUUGCAUUUGAAGGCUCAGAGCGAAGGGCUUAAGCUUUCGGCUAAGGCGUACGAUGCGGUUGUUAUAAGUGCUGAGAGUUAUGGAGCGACCAUUGAUGUUAAUCUGUUGGGUCCGAGACCGGAGAAAGAGAAGAGAGGUUAGCAAUGUUUACGUUAGAUUCUUGAGAGAAGAUGAUGAAAGAUGUUUUUGUGUUCUUUAUGUAACCAAACAACAAUGUACAACACGAUACAAGAUCACAAGAUGAUGUAACAGAGUGUUUAUAUUGGAUGAUGUAACGAACAUUUGUGCAAGAGCCAGAGUACUUGCAUGAUA